AUGGCCACAACACGAACUAAUUCGAUGCGUCUGAGACCAUUGAACCGAGAGAAUCCUGUUGGCAAGAUGAAUGCUGACGCUACCCAAGUGACACGAUCAGCUUUGCAUGAAAUUGGUAACAAAGUGUCAAAUAUUACUCUUGAUGUUAAGAAAAAAGACGACUUAACACAGAAAGUGUCUGUUCGACAGAAAGCUAUUGUGGCUGCUGCACAAAAAGCUGCCACAAUUGUUAAUCCUCUAGCCGACACGGUUGUAAAACAGGAAAAUAUAUCAAAAGCUGUUAAGAAUGUGGAGAAAUCUACAAAAGUGGUCCACAGUCCAAUGGAAGUGUGUGAAGUGCAAAAUGAACCUUGUGUACCUUGUAUUAAUAUGGCCAAUGUAUUUGAUAUUGAUGCUGAUGAUGAAGACAACCCCCAGCUGGUCUCUGAAUAUGUUAAUGACAUCUAUGCUUACCUGAGAGAACUUGAGAAAAGCUAUAAUGUAAAACACAAUUAUUUGCAUGGCCAGGAGAUUACUGGAAAGAUGAGAGCCAUCCUUAUUGACUGGCUAUGCCAAGUGCAUCACAGAUUCCGUCUCCUUCAAGAGACUCUAUAUAUGACAGUUUCUAUUAUAGACCGCUUUUUACAGAUUCGUCCUGUUAGCCGAAGCAAACUACAGCUAGUUGGUGUAACAUCCAUGUUGAUAGCCUCAAAAUAUGAAGAAAUGUAUGCACCAGAAGUUUCUGACUUUGUGUACAUUACAGACAAUGCAUACACUCGGACAGACAUUAGACAAAUGGAAACUCUGAUCCUGAAGACUUUGGAUUUCAGGCUUGGGAAACCAUUGUGUUUGCAUUUUUUGCGAAGGAAUUCAAAAGCGGGACAGGUUGAUGGCAACACACAUACUCUUGCUAAGUAUCUUAUGGAAUUGACUGUAAUUGAAUAUGACAUGGUUCAUUAUAAUCCCUCACUGAUUGCUGCAGCAGCUUUAUGCCUUUCUAUUAAGCUUCUCUCUAAUGGUGAUUGGACUGACACCCUAUCAUACUACAGCACAUACACUCUGGAAGAUCUCUCAGACACAAUGAAAAAGAUUGCCAAACUUGUUAUUAAAGCUGAAACAAGUAAACUCACUGCUGUUCGUACAAAAUACCAAAGUUCUAAAUUCUACAAGAUAAGCAGCAUACCUGACCUCAAAGGCGAACAAAUCAGAAGAUUUGCUGAAUGCUAA